AUGGCACCAUUGAAGACGUUGCUUGCAUUCGCGGGCUGUGGCCUAGCACCUUUAGCAUGGGCUAAGGUUGUUCAGUUUGAAUUAGACCUUACAUGGCAAAAGGGUGCCCCAGACGGAAAUGUUCGAGAAAUGGUCUUCAUGAAUGACCAAUUCCCUGGGCCAGAGCUAAGAUUGGAUCAAGGUGACGAUGUGGAGAUCACUGUGCAUAACAACCUUCCCUUCAAUACAUCUGUCCACUUUCAUGGAAUUGAGCAGCAGGGAACACCAUGGUCUGAUGGAGUACCGGGUUUAACCCAAAAGCCUAUUCAGCCAGGGCAUUCAUGGAUUUAUCGGUGGAAGGCCACACAGUAUGGAACCUAUUGGUAUCAUGCUCAUGGUCGUUCGGAAGUGAUGGAUGGCCUUUAUGGCCCCAUCUGGAUCAAUCCCACGCCAGAGACACCCCAGCCUUUCCACCUCAUCUCGAACAACCCCGCAGAUAUUGAAGCCAUGCAAAAGGCAGAGCAGGAUCCUCAGCUGAUUAUCUUGUCGGAUUGGGACCAUCUAACAUUUGAAGAAUAUGAUAAAAUACAGCUGGACAGUCAUCUGGACGUUUUCUGCAUGGACAGUGUUCUUAUCAAUGGUCGUGGAGCUGUUUAUUGUCCAGGAGGCGAAAACAUCUCCAGUGUCGAACUCGAUUAUCUCAAAGUCGCAAUGGACUACACACCAUUGACUGAUAAAGGAUGUUUACCCAAUAUUUACAAUGUACAGGGCAGUUUCCCGCCCAAUGAUGAGACAAAAAUCCCUCAGGGGGUUGAUGGCAAUGCUGGCUGGGUGAGCUUAAAAUUCAUCAGUGCGGCCGCAAUCAAGGCCCUCAUCUUCUCAAUUGACGAACACCCGAUGUAUGUUUACGAGGUCGAUGGCAGCUAUGUGGAGCCCUUGCUUGUCAAUAGCGCGGCUAUCUUCAAUGGAGAGCGUUAUGCUGUCAUGGUGAAGCUUGACAAGCCUUGGAAGGACUACACCAUUCGAGUCCCGGAUACUCAGGGCGACCAGGUCAUUUCAGGUUUUGCGACCAUGCGUUACAAGGGCUCCUCAAACCAACAGCCAUCUCAACCUUAUGUCGACUAUGGUGGUAGGAACACAUCUGCUUCCGUUGUCGCUCUCAACCCACGAGAUAUCCACCCUUACCCGCCUGUCACCAUCCCUGCCAGUGCGGACCAGCUGAUUAACCUCACAAUCGGCCGUUCGGGGUCCCCUUACACCUUUACCACAUCCGGUGGCACCUUAUGGAACAUGAUGGCUAACCUCGAUGAUCCCAUUCUUUAUGAUCUUGACGCAAAGAACAACCUGUCUCCCCAGCUCACUUUCGAAACUAAAAAUGGCACUUGGGUUGAUCUCCUCCUCCAGUUGGGUCACUUUCCCAACACCCCAGAUAUCACUCCUUCCCACGUUAUGCACAAGCACGGAAACAAGGGGUUUGUUCUGGGCGUUGGACCUGGAUUCUUUGAGUGGUCAAGUACGGAAGAGGCGGUCGCUGCCCAUCCUGAGUAUUUUGAGCUGAACAAUCCUAUGAUGCGAGACACAUUUGUUACUAAUGGGCAAUCCGGUCAAACUUGGAUAAUUGUACGCUAUCAAGUUGUCAACCCAGGUCCAUUCCUCUUGCACUGUCAUAUUGAGACACACAUGGCCAACGGAAUGGCUGUUGCUCUGCUUGAUGGAGUUGACGCAUGGCCCCAAGUUCCGGCAGGCGAGGACCAGAGUCCAAACCCUUCCCCAGUCACUUCGCAGAGUUACGCUCCAGCUCCGAGCAGUAGCUCCAACGUUAGAUCUUCCUCAACUCCUAAGGUCCGGCCUUCCCCUUCGAGCACACCGCCGACUUCAGCCGCUGCACAGCUGUCCACGCCCACAGGGAAGCCAUUCUCAUUUACUUCGUCACCUAAGCCAUCUUAUACUCCAUCUUCAUCAAUUCCUCUCGUAUACAGUCCCAGCUCUCAGUCAUCUACCUCCAGCACUCCUCCUUUUGUGCCAACUUCCCGACCGUACACACCGAGCUCUCAGCCUACUUCUGCUCAGCCCUCUGCACAGACUCCUAAUCCGCUCAUUGAACCUCCCUCUCCUUCAUGGCUAGCAAGACUUGCUAAGAUGGGUCACAAUGCUUUGGCAAAGGAAUUACUGCAGAAUACCGAAGAAUCUGAGGAGCGUCACAGGCCGUUUCCUCAAGAGGUAACUCUAAUCGAGGAGAAGGCAAUUGAUGAAAAAUGGGCUCAGCCCCCCUCAGUCAUCAGGAGCCGCCGGAAAACACCGGAACCGGAGUUGAUAGACUCCCCGUCACGGACUUGA